GGGAAUUUCCCGAACCAAAGGUUUUCCCGCUUCCGGACCAGAAGCCCAGUGGAUAAAAGCGGUCCUUGGAGCAUGGGGAGCCACAGCACCAAGGAGCUUUGGAACAGUCAGCCUCUUCUCUUGUCUUCAGAGCUCCAAGCACCAAAGUCCUCCACCAUGAGCCGCAGUCUCUGCCAGAUGUCUAGCCUCCUCCUUCUGUGUCUGCUCUCCGUGUUCCUAACGCCCUCAGUGCGGCUAGCCACCGGAGCGCCUGUGGCCAAUGAGCUACGUUGCCAGUGUCUGCAAACUGUUCAAGGAGUUCCCUUCAAGGCCAUUGGCAGCCUUAAGGUGAUCCCAGCCGGGCCACACUGCUCCAAUGUCGAAGUCAUAGCGACUCUAAAGAAUGGGAAUCAACGUUGCCUUAACCCAGAGGCUCCCCAAGUAAAGAAACUCGUGGAAAAGGCGUUGAAAAGUUCCACCCAGUAACUUCAAAGGAGAUGAUGACUUUUUGCAUUGUCCAAGCAACUCCAUUUUGAGAACACAAGAACAUCUUAAGAGCCAGAAAAGUAUCAGCAUCUAUCAUUUGUUUGAGAAUUCUUCACUACAGUGUCUUUAUUUAUUUUGUUUGUUGGUUUUAAAAAGGGUGAUUGAAACUAGUUGUUAAAUUUAUACUGAUGUCUCCUUAUCACUUUUUAAACUGGACAUUAUUUCAAUUGUUCCUUCAUGUGCAUUGUAUUUCAUUUAAGGUGAUAUUUUCAACUUUUUUGAGAUUCAUUUAUUUCGUACCUAUUUAAAGCUGAUUGUGAUUUGUGUGAGGAAGAAACUCCAUAUUUAUGUAGUUCAUCAUGAUCAUUAUUUAUAACUAUUUGACAUUUUCUGUUAACUAUGUAUUUAUAUUGAAGUCUUAAGAACUGUAAUGUUCUAAUUAGCCUUUAGACAUUUAAUGUCUUAUUUGUAUGGCAUACUGUCAUGUUUAGUAUAAAAAUACACAAUAUUCUUAAUUCUAUUUAUGUCCUAAAACAAGGAGAUUUAAAUAUUUAUUGUUAAUAAAUGAUUACAAAGUUUAUGAAAUAAACCAUUUUGAGAAUAUUCAUUCUUUGUUUAUG